AUGGCGCGGCCGGUCGCCGUCGACCACCGCAUCAGCAUCCACUACUACUUCCGCAUCGCCGACAACCUCCUGCGCCAGGCUAAUGUGCAUCGAGAAGAGAAGAAUGUUCUGGACCUCUACAUCAUCCUCCUUAGAUACUCGAGCUUGUUGCUUGAGACCAUACCCAAACAUCGCGAUUACCAUGCAUUUAAGGCCAGAGAAAAGGAAUUCCUGAAGAAAGGCCCACACAACUCUGAGAAAAUUCUUGGUGUUGUCAAUGAACUAGAGUCCCUGAAGCCAGUUGUGCAGCAACAAAUUGCCACCUGUAAUAGCAGGGGUGCAGAUGAACCUAAUGGUGUAUAUGGAACCUAUGCUGCAAGUAGUGGGUUGGAGCACCAUACCCCAGGCCCAUAUAUGUCAAAGUCAUUCGCUGGAAACCCUACUAGACUACUGCAGAAACCGUUACCGGGUUCAAAGCAUCAAGCAGCUACAUCGCAGAGUAUUCAACCUUAUAGACAUGCUAUGAAACCACCUACCAGCAUGCUGUAUCCAAAAGAGGAAACAUUAUCGAGACACUCAAUACUAGGACCUAAUGGGCUUCAGGGGAAUCUGGGUCAAUGGACAAGGCCUGUUACUGGUAUCAGGAUUGAGUAUCCACAUAAUCCUGAAUUAACCCAAAGUGACAUUUCUAGUUUAAUGCCAACAAUCUUGAACCAAGAUGGUUUGCGUGGUGCCAGUACAGCAUCUCAGGACAAAAGUGAUGAUAUGCUGUCUGUUCUCUCGCUUGAUGAUGGCAGGUGGUCUUUACCAGUAGAACCAGCCUCGUUGUCUCCUGGUUUGGAUGCAGAGUUCUCCCAGCUGAAUAUUAGACAACCUUCUCCCCCACCUGUCCUAGCUCAAGUGCAUCCUGAGCAUGGACCAAUUCCUCCAUCAAGAGUUGCUGAUCCAAGACCAGGACUUGCUACCUCUGAAACCGGACGCUAUCAGAAUUUGCAUGUGCCAGUGGCAUUAAUGGAGUGUUUCCUGAGGGUCGCUGAGUUAAAUACUGCAAAGAAUUUGGAAACCUGUGGAAUUCUUGCUGGUACUCUGAAAAAGAGAACCUUUUAUGUGACGACAUUGAUAAUUCCUAAGCAGAAAUCAACAUCUGAUUCAUGUCAAGCUACGAAUGAAGAAGAAAUAUUUGAAGUUCAGGACAAAGGCUCCCUUUUGUCUCUUGGUUGGAUUCAUACACAUCCAACACAGACCUGCUUCCUAUCUUCCAUUGAUCUUCAUAAUCAUUACGCAUAUCAGAUUAUGCUACCGGAAGCGAUUGCAAUAGUUAUGGCUCCUACGGAUACAACAAGAAAACAUGGCAUAUUUCAUCUCACGGAGCCAUGUGGCAUGGGCGUGAUCCAUGAUUGUGAUGCGACUGGAUUCCACCCUCAUGAGGAGCCCCUAGAUGGGACACCAAUCUAUGAGCAUUGCUCCCAUGUAUACAUCAACCCGAAUGUGAAGUUUGAGAUGAUUGACCUACGUGAAGCAUGA